AUGGGUGAUGACAGAUGGCGCGGCGGACCCAGUCGCCAAUCGUCGCAGCGUCAAUCCGGCAACCGUGAUCGAGCUGGAGGACAAGGACAAGGACAAGGACAAGGACAGGGCGCUGGCCGCGGUGGAAAUCCGGCUGGGAAUAGCAACAACAACUCGACUCCCUCGCAGGACCAGCAUGUCCCCGUGAAGGGGUUCAACGCUGGAGAGGCGAAGAGCCUGUUGAAGAAGGUUCCCUUCUACAAGCCCACCGGCAAGGAUGCCAAUAACCAAAAAUCUGGAGGACCGUGGGGCGCAAAGGCAAACACAAUGGCCAAUGGAAAGGACUUUUUCGUCGAGCUUCGGAAACAAGUGGCCUCUCUACAGCGGGGCGGUCCUCCCGUCGGUGGCUGA